CCCCUAACUUGCUUUAAACAAUUUUUGAAUUAAUUUAUUAAUAUUAAUAUAAAUAUUCCACUCCAUAUUCUUUAUUUCUCCUUUCUUUUUCUCCCUCUCCCUUCCUCUCCAAAGUCAAAAAUUCCAAAAUCCACAUCUCUCUUUCAUGGCCGCCAUACCAACACCAUACCUUUCAACCUUCCCUUCCGUUCCCCAUAAAGCUUAAAUCUAUUCAUCAAUGGCGUCUCAAUAAUUCUUCCUCUAAAUCUGAUCUCCGUAUUUCCCUCCUUUUGUUCUCUCCCUAGUUUCCUCCGCCAUCGUUCAAGAAUGGGAAGCAAAUGGAGAAAAGCCAAGGUAGCUUUGGGUUGUAUUCAACUUCCUCGUACCCUUGAUGAAGAUCUUUCAUCUUCUUCUGCUGCAAUCCUUACCACCCGUUAUGAUGCUGGUCGAUUAUCGGACGGUGCGGCGUUGUCGUCCACCGUUCUCUCUCCUACGGAUUGUCGCCCUUCAUCUGUGACGCCUACUCCUUCUUCUUCUGGUCUUCGAUUAUCUAGAACCUCCUCCAAAUCUUCAAAGAAAACUUGUGCAAUAUGCCUGAACACUGUGACCCCUGGUCAGGGCCAUGCUAUUUUUACCGCUGAGUGCUCGCAUACAUUCCAUUUUAACUGCAUCACCUCCAAUGUAAAGCAUGGAAAUCGAAUUUGCCCAGUUUGCCGAGCAAACUGGAGAGAAAUUCCCUUCCAAGGACAGAAUUCCGAAGUUGUUCGUGGAAAGCUGAGAGCCAACUCAGUUAAUUGGAACAGAGAUAGACCGUUUGUGCAGGUUCCUCAUCCUCAACCAGACUAUAAUCAGAACAUUUCACCCACAUAUCGUGUUCACGAACCUGCUAUGUUCGAUGAUGAUGACCUCAUAGAGGAGCUUGACACAUUUCAAGAACAAUCUGACUCUGAUGUUUCUGAAGAUAACUCUAUCAAAAAAAUCGAGAUAAGAACAUGCCCCGAAGUUUCUUCAAUUGCCAAGUCAGCGUCUUACGACAACUUCACAGUUCUGAUACACCUGAAGGCUCCUGUUGCAAAACUCAGCAAUCAUGGUCACAACUCGCCGUCACUGUCUCAAAUUUCCCGGGCCCCAGUUGACCUGGUCACUGUACUAGAUGUGAGUGGUAGCAUGGCAGGUACAAAGCUUGCAUUACUCAAGCGAGCCAUGGGAUUUGUGAUACAACACCUUGGUCCUCACGAUAGGCUCUCAGUUAUUGUGUUUUCUGCUUCUGCACGCCGACUCUUUCCUCUUCGACGUAUGACCGACACUGGCAGACAUCAGGCUCUUCAAGCUAUUAAUGCCCUGUCUUCUAAUGGGGGAACUAAUAUAGCUGAAGGUCUUAAAAAGGGUGCCAAAGUAAUGUUAGAACGGACGUACAAGAACCCGGUUAGCAGUAUUAUCCUCUUAUCUGAUGGACAGGACACAUAUACUGUUAAUGGCCCUGCUGGGGUUCAAUCAAGGACUGAUUAUAAUUCGCUCCUUCCAAACUCCAUCCAACAGAAUUCAGGUACAAGUUUCCGGAUACCUGUGCAUACGUUUGGGUUUGGUGCCGACCAUGAUUCUUUUUCGAUGCAUUCUAUCUCCGAGGGUUCGGGAGGGACAUUUUCCUUUAUAGAAGCUGAAGGUGUGAUUCAGGAUGCUUUUGCCCAGUGCAUGGGAGGUUUGUUGAGUGUGGUUGUACAAGAGCUAAAGUUGGAGCUUGAGUGUGUACACCCUCAUUUGCGAUUUGGCUCGAUCAAAGCGGGAAGCUAUCAAACUCGUCUGUAUGAUGAUGCGAGAAUGGGUUUAGUCAAUGUCGGAGAUUUAUAUGCUGAAGAAGAACGGGAUUUUCUCGUGAUGAUGAAUGUUCCUCGGGCCCAAGCAUCUGUAGAUGAGAUGCCGUUGCUGAAGGUUAGCUGCACUUAUAAGGACCCGAUCACUAAAGAGAUGGCAACUUCUGGCGGAGUUGAAGUGUUAAAAAUCAAUAGACCGGAGAAAAUAGAGAACGUUGAAGUUUCUGUGGAGGUGGACAAGCAGCGUAAUAGGCUAAAAGCUGCAGAUGCUAUGUCAGAAGCUCGGUCUGCUGCAGAACACGGAGAUCUGAGUCGUGCAGUGUCUAUUCUCGAGACUUGUCGAGAGACAUUGUCAAAAAGUGUAUCAGCACAAGAUCCAUUGUGCGUAGCACUAAUUAACGAACUUAAGGAGAUGCAAGAUAGGAUGUCUAGCCGUCAAGUUUACGAGGCAUCAGGAAGGGCUUACGUUUUGUCUGGACUAAGUUCACAUUCGUGGCAAAGGGCAACUGCAAGAGGCGAUACCACUAGUAGCACGAAUCUUUCUCAAGCAUACCAAACAUCAUUCAUGGCUGAUAUGAUUUCUCGCUCUCAGACAAUGGUGCUUGGUAGCUCAUCGCCUUCUCCUCCUGUCAGGCCACCGCGGUCAUUCUCAGGUCGUCCGAGUCCAAGGUAAUUUGAAACCUAAGAUGAUAUCAAGGCUGGUUAUUUCAAAUAUAAUUAGCAUAUUCUAUGCCACCCUAUUUUUGUUAUUUUGUUCUAAUCGAAUCUUUAUAUUCUAGUUAUGUUUAGAACGGUAGGGGAAGAUUAGGGAGACGAAUGUAGUUUUCGAGUUCGUAAAUUGUCGAAAAUGGUGUGGGUAUACCUUGCACAUUGUAUAUGAUUAAUAAUAAUGGGGAGAAUGAAGGAAAUAGUUUUGAGGAAAAAUUUUGGUGGGAAAGGUAUAGGUGGGUUAUUGGGUUUUUCUUUUUUUGGGUUGGAAUUCUUGGUGUUUUUUGUACAUAAAGAGAAAUUGCUUUGUGUUUCUCUUUGGGAAGAAGAGAGGUAUAGCCUUGCAAGUGUAAUAUUUCUUUGGUUAUUGGAAGUUUAAUUCUUGGCAAA